AUGCAGACCCCUGAAGCAGGCGCUGACUCCACCUCCACUGUCCCUCUUCAGACCACCGUGCCUGUCCAGCCUACCGGCUCCACCCAGCAGGUGCCUGUCCAGCAACAGGUACGCCAGGCCCAGACUGUUCAACAGGUUCAGCAUGUUUACCCAGCACAGGUGCAGUAUGUGGAGGAAAACAGUGGCGUCUACACCAAUGGCAACAUAAGAACCUACUCGUACUCAGAGCCGCAGCUGUAUAGCCAGAACAGUGGAGGGAGCUACUUUGACACACAGGGCAGCUCAUCACAAGUGUCCACUGUGGUGACAUCUCAUGGCAUGACCAACAACGGAGGAGGGGGCAGUGGAGGAAUGAGCAUGGGUCUGGCAGGGGGUCAGGUAAUCAGCAGCAGUUCUGGGGCUUACCUCAUGGACAACGCUGGACCCCACCCUGCCACCCAGACUGCACGAGCUUCCCCAGCUACUAUUGAAAUGGCGAUUGAGACGCUCCAAAAAUCUGAGGGUUUAUCCAGUCAGAGAAGCUCGCUGCUCAACAGCCAUCUCCAGUGGCUGUUGGACAAUUAUGAGACAGCAGAGGGCGUAAGUCUACCACGAUCCACCCUCUACAAUCAUUAUCUGCGCCACUGCCAGGAGCAGAAACUGGACCCUGUAAAUGCAGCCUCUUUUGGCAAACUCAUCCGCUCCAUCUUCAUGGGACUCCGUACAAGGCGCCUUGGGACACGAGGGAACUCCAAAUAUCAUUACUAUGGUAUACGUGUAAAACCAGAUUCCCCACUCAAUAGACUCCAAGAGGACAUGCAGUAUAUGGCUCUGAGACAGCAACCUGUUCAGCAGAAACAGAGGUUCAAGCCGGUGCAGAAGUUUGAUAGUGGCUCUGGGGAGAAUUACUCAGGUGGAGGCCAGCACCAUCCUGGUGCGGCAGAGCAGACAGUCAUUGCACAGAGCCAGCACCACCAACAGUUCCUAGAUGCAUCGCGGGCGCUCCCUGACUUUGUAGAGCUGGAUCUGGGACAGAGCAAUACAGAGAACAUCAGUCCAGAGGAUGUAAAAGCUCUCCAGUCCCUUUACAGAGAGCACUGUGAGGCUAUCUUGGAUGUGGUGGUCAACCUCCAGUUCAGUCUAAUUGAAAAACUGUGGCAGACAUUCUGGCGCUACUCUCCCCCUGACUCAGUAGAGGGUGCCACUGUAACAGAAAACAGCAGCAUUAGUGAGAUCGAAGCGCGGCUCCCCCGAUCACAGCUACUGGUGCUGUGCAGAAACGAGGCUGUACUCAAAUGGAUGAGCACCUGUGACCAUCUAAUGUACCAGGCCCUUGUGGAGAUCCUCAUUCCUGAUGUCCUGAGACCCAUUCCCAGUGCCUUGACUCAAGCCAUUCGCAACUUUGCCAAAAGCCUGGAAGGUUGGCUCAAUAAUGCCAUGAAUGCCAUUCCACAGAGAAUGAUCCAGACCAAGAUUGCCGCUGUUAGUGCCUUUGCGCAAACACUGCGCAGAUACACAUCUCUGAACCACCUGGCUCAGGCGGCACGUGCUGUGUUGCAAAACACGUCGCAGAUCAACCAGAUGCUGAGUGAUCUCAACCGUGUUGACUUUGCCAAUGUACAGGAGCAGGCAUCGUGGGUAUGCCAGUGUGAGGAGGGAGUGGUUCAGCACUUGGAGCAGGACUUCAAGGCCACACUACAGCAGCAAAGCUCUUUGGAGCAAUGGGCAGCCUGGCUGGACAAUGUGGUCACUCAGGUGCUCAAGCCCUACGAGCACCGGCCCAGCUUCCCCAGAGCGGCUCGACAAUUCCUGUUAAAAUGGUCCUUCUACAGUUCAAUGGUCAUCAGGGACCUGACCCUGCGCAGCGCUGCCAGCUUUGGUUCCUUCCACCUGAUUCGUCUGCUGUAUGAUGAGUACAUGUUUUACCUAGUGGAGCAUCGUGUGGCCCAAGCUACUGGAGAGACACCCAUUGGUGUCAUGGGGGAGUUCGACAGCCUCAACACCCUAUCCCUCACCAACAUCGACAAAGAUGAAACGAGCGGGAUGGACAGUGACUUGGAAGACGACACGGAAGAGUCCGGGGAACCUCUCGCCAAGCGGGAGAAGUCGGAGCAUGAGGUGAUCCAGGUGAUCCAGGUCGGGGCACUAGAGGACGGGUCUCACCCUGUGGUGGGGGUCGUUCAGCCUGGUGUCCUUCACUCUCUGCCCCAACCCCCGCAGGAUCACACUGAGCACAUCCUCACCCCCUCGGCUGGUACUCCAACCAUCCGCCACUGCAGCACCACAGGCAACACCUACGCCUCCGUUUGAGGAUCCGGGGCGCGGCCCACCGUGGCUGGCGUAUUUCUGCUGUUUCACUCUCCACAUAUCUUUCUCUCUGUAAGUCUAGAUGUUUCCGUCUUUUUCAUGCAUUGUCUCUGUCUGCACUUGUGUGGACAUGCUCUCCUCUCCCUAUCCAGCCUGGUCAGUGGAGGAGCGCUGAAAUGCUGAUACUCAAGAUGUGCUGUCCAUGUCUGACUGCUUAGAUUCUGGAUGUGGUGUCAUCCCAUAAGUCUGUGCUCUCAAUCAUCAAUGAUCACAAUGCGGCAGCUGGUGGAAGGGACCUGGAGGAAAAGGACUAAUUUGACCCGUUAAAUGUUUCCUGGUUAGUCAUGACUUAACAGUAAACCUCUCUGUGUAUACAGACAGGUUUUAAAGUGAAGGAAAAGUAGACUUCUUCAUACUACUGAUGUCUCAGAGCUCAAAUCCACGU